AUGGCGCCGAAGCUGCCAACAAGCUGGGCACAAUUGCCUCCGACAUUCCUUCUCCCGGAUGCCUUCCUCCCAAUAAUCACUAAGCGCGGCGUGAAGUACGGAUGGACGACCGCACCAGCUCGCGGAAAACCAGCGCGGUUCAACCAGAAGACUGCUGGGUUACCGGUCCUCGAACAAUCACCUGCUGCAGCCCUCGCACGGAAGGAACUUACGUUGCCUUUAAGGACGGGAGCUUUGGGGAUCAAGAAGGGGAUGACGGCGCUCUAUGAUCCGGAUACGGGGGUGAGGACGCCUUGCACGGUUGUGCAGUUCGAUAGGGUGCAGGUGGUGUCACAAAAGACGAGAGAGAAGAAUGGAUACUUUGCCGUGCAGAUUGGCAGUGGGUGGAAGCAGCCUCAGAAUGUUGGGAGGCCAUUAAUGGGACAUUUUGCGGGGCAUGGUGUCAGUCCGAAGAAAUUUGUCACGGAGUUUAGGGUCAAGAAUGAGAGUGGAUUGUUGAAGGCCGGGGUGACAAUUGGGCCGGAGUGGUUUCUUGAGGGCCAGUUCGUGGAUGCUAGGUCGGAUUGCAAGGGGAAGGGAUGGGCUGGUGGUAUGAAGAAAUGGGGAUUCAAGGGUCAACCGGCCUCCCAUGGUAAUUCGAAGAAUCAUCGUACAAUGGGUUCGUCUGGUGCCUCACAGGGAGGUGGUUCGAGAGUCUUGCCGGGGAAGAAGAUGCCGGGGAGAAUGGGUGGAAACCAAGUCACGAUUCAGAACGUUAAGGUAUUGAAAGUUGAUGCGGAGAAGGGACUUUUGGUGCUCAAUGGGUGUAUUGCUGGACCGAAUGGUUGCGUCGUCAAGAUUCAGGAUGCUAUCAAAAAGCCAUGGCCAACUAUUCCAGCAGCUAUGGAAAAGGUGAAGGAGGCCUUGGCAGCAAAUGCAUAG